AGGGGCUAGAAAUAAAUAUAAAACAAAGUUUUUAAAAGAAUUUUGUAAUGUGUUAAAUUUUUUUUCCAAUAGUACCUUUUUGAUUGAGAAGGAAAUGUCAACUACUUGUGAGAUAUACAAAGGAUCAAAAGUUUAAGCCUCCUAAUGACAACUGAUAAAGAGAAGAACAUUCGAGAGAUAGUCAGAGCACUAGACAGAGUGAGUGAGAGUUCUCUCCAAAACGAAGAAUGCAAGCAAAUUUGUGGAAAUCUUUUGGACGCAUUUUACUUUGCUUGUAAAGCGAAGGUAGAGUUUACAAAAGAAGAAACAGAAUCCUUAGGUUUUUCUUUAGUCAAAAACAUUGACAAGAUACUUUCUGGUAUUCUUCAAUUUGCAUAUUUUUUCGAACCCAGAGAAGGCCCUUGUGCACUAAAAUAUAGAUCUGCUUUGCAAUAUGUUUUGGACGAGUUUAAAGAUUUUCAAAUAAAUGAAUUUUUAAAUACUGGGCAAAAUGUAUUAGAUAUUAAAAUCAAGCAAAGUGAUGCGCUAAAAAAUUUAGACGACGCAAUAGAUUUUUGGAAAGAAGAUUUAACUGUUGGACUUGACAUUGAAGGUUACUCAAUUGAAAGCUUGUAUAGGCCGGAUGACAUACCCGAGCAUCAUACUUGGUGGCUUCCUAAAAACUAUCUGUCUAACUCAGUGUUGUCUUCAAUACAUUGCGGGCUUUCAUCUGAGCCCAGCAGGCACGGAGAGCGAGAGAACUUCAGUGAGGGAGAAACAAUAUCAACCAAUAUUUUUCUCAUUUGUAUUGUCAUAAUUGUUGCUCUAAAAUUGAAAAAGGAAGAGAAACACUUAUAGAACUGCCUAGCUACCAGCUCUGAGUUAUGUCUCAUAGUGGUUCUACGACUAAAGGCUACCAACAAAACAAAACAAAAAAGAAAAAAAAAACAAUGAUAGUUUUCGUUCUUUAAAGAUUUUGAAAAUAUUUAACCUUAAAUUUUUCUUAGAAUUUUAUUCCUUUUAGCAAGUUAUUUUAAAAUUGUAUAAUUGAUACAUUGAUUUAUAUAUUGUUUUACUAUGCUUGACAUAAGAACAUCUUUAAAUGAUUAUAACCGAAGAGAAAUUAACAAUUUGUCGCGUACUCUAGAAAAUGUUGGAUUGACAGAAGCAGAAGCUCAUGACUGGAUUGGUAAAGACGAAUCUCUCUUCCAUCGCCAAUUUGUUUCUUUAUAUGAUGUAAAUGGACAAUUAAAAAUUCAUCCUUUGGCUUUAUUUGCUCUAAACAAAAAAGAAAAAAAUGAUAUUGAGGAAAUAACUAAAAAGAUAAACAACGGAGAUUUAAGCAUUUCUUUAUCUGUCAAAAAUAACCCGGCAAUAUUAAAAAAAUACGAGAUUCAGUUAGAUAGACAAAUUAUCUUUAAAGAGAAUAAGCUUUCAGAAUUGUUCGGAAAAAAUUUAAGAGAUGUAAAGAUUAAUGGUAAAGCUAUAUUUGCCAAUAUAAAACCUUUUGAGAUCAAACGUAUGUAUGAUCUUUUCAUGAAUAAUUCAAAAAUAAAAAAUUAUGUUCAAGUGAUGGAAAAAUUUGCACAAUUAAAUAAAGUAGAAAAUGUUUCAGAUUUUUGUGCAUGUGGGGAGUAUAUUUACAGAGAAUUGAGUAAAAGCAUUAAAGAGGCAACCAAGUCUUCCCAAUGUCAAGCUGACAUACAACUAAAGGAAAAAGAAACGCUGAAUGAAUUUAUUUGUGAAAAUACUGUUAGAGAUAUGUUCAAAGACAGAUUUACGACCGUAGUAGAUAAUUGUAUACAUCUGAUGACAACUAAGGGCUUACAUUUUUCAAGUCCUAUGACAUAUGCAAAUCAUUAUGUUAAGCAUGCGGUCGAGACUUGUUGUCCAGAAACCGCUACCGAAGAAACAUAUCUAAGGUUAGCAAACAAACAUGUGUCGGAGGGCCAGGCAGAUGUAACACUGACACAAGAUGGAACUUUUCUGAAACAUAAAUACCAGCAUGACAACAAACUAGUUAUACUGGUAGAGGAUGUAAAUACCGGGAAAAAAAAUAUUGCUACCUUUUUUAAAACCAAAAAUUAAUUCCUUACUCAAUAUAAACAUAACAAAUUAUUU